UAUACACGGGAGACACAGCACAGACAUCAUAGCGUAUCUUCUAGGCAAGGUACUUUCGUCUAGCCGUCUCCACGGUUUGGAUAAGACUCGUCUGCUGUUGCAGACGACGAAAGAGGCGCAGGUGUAUGCAUGUUGCAGCAGUGAAAGUAUCCGCUAGUGCAGUUACGAUCUGUCGCCUGUCAAUGCCCUCUCUUGCAUAGCCAGUCUUAUUCUAACAGUGCCGUUUAUCGCGCGUUUCGGGUCUUCAGUUGAAUUCGUCGUUGUGUCCGGUGGAUACCUGCUCGCGAUAAAAUCCUCGCAAUUUACUUCAGAAACAGGUAUUCGCGAAGGUGGAUAUCUACUACAGAUACCAAUAAUCGAAACUUUCGCGAAACUUUCGUUUUCAUCGUCGUCGUCGCGGCUGCCUUAAAAAUUAUGAAUAAAAGGCUAUGGACCAUCCUCCUUGUCGUCGGCUGCACGGCAACUCUCUCCUCCGACACCAGCCCCGAAUAUGUGAAACAAUGUUCCAAAAGCGAUCCAAAGCUGAUAACUUGUCUGAUCGACGCUCUGCACCACCUGCGACCUUAUCUGAGCGUUGGAAUACCCGAAAUCGAGUUACCCUCGGUAGAACCGUUCCGUAUGGACGAACUGACUCUCUCCCUGACAGGUGGUACGAACGGUUAUAAGAUUCAACUACGGGACCUUUAUGUAAAGGGAGCAAGUAACUAUACAGUGGAGAAUAUUAAGAUCGGCUCACCCUUCCAAGCCAUAAUACGAAUGCCGGCCCUUAUAUUAGACGCGCAUUAUUCCAGUUCUGGUAUAUUAAUAAUUUUGCCUGCGAGUGGAAACGGUACAUUCCACGCGCGUUUCGGAGAUGCUAGAGCACUAGUCAGAGGAACAGUCUCGACGAAGUCGCGAGAGGAAAAGACGUAUUUGAACGUCGAUAACCUUGACGUCGUGCUUGGUGUAAAGGAUGUGCAAAUGCGAGUCAGCAAGAUCUUCAAGAACAAUCGAAUACUGACCGAAGCGAUUAAUCUCUUCCUUCGUGAAAAUGGACAAGAAGUAUUAAAAUUAAUGGAGCCGCAACUGAAGAAGAAAUUAUCGGCGCUCUUUGCUGGCAUUGUUAACCAGCUGCUGCGACAUGUACCAGUGGAAUCGUUCCUUGUACCUUGAAACAUUUAUAUUACAUCUUAGUUAUUCUUAGGUCUUUGUGAUUGAUAUCAACGAUAGAUUUUAAAUAUGCACGAGAAUUAAAUAAUGCAGCAAUUAGAGCAGCGACUUAUCAGGCACUUUUCUAAAAGAAAAAGAUAAAAGAAAAACACAAUAUUUGAACAUGCGCAUUUAAGUUACUUUUAAUUUUUAAAUAACAUAUUGAGCUUAUUUUGAUACUUGGAAUACACAAAUGUUUUCCAAAAAUGGCUUUAAGACAAAAUUAAAUGACGCAAUUAGAAAAAUGUCACUGUUUUAAUAGACAAAGUUAAUACAGUGUAUAUUACAUCUAAUCAUUUAUCUAUAAACAUCACAAUUUUAAAUACAGAUAAUUAAAUGCAAGUGACACAAUAUUUAUAUGCUAUUUUUAUAAUUACGUGCUUAUUCAUGAAAACAAAAUAUUAAUUGUUUGGUCCACCAAUCAGGAAUUGGAUAAAUUGCCUCUGAGGAGAACAUACAAAUCUGUUCAAAGAUUAAUAACAGAUAAUUCUCGUUGAUAUUUUCCUACAAAAGAAAUAUAUGUUGAUAGUAAUUGUUGCUUACAUUGUAGUAAACAGAGAUAUAUAAAUCGUUAUCAUGUUAAGUUUCAGAUGUGGUAUUAUAGCUUUAGCGCACAAUGGAAUUAAUGGUAUAUUGAUAGAAUAAAACAAAUGUACCUUUUAUCAUAUGAAUAUAUGAUAAAAA